AUGCGUCUAGCGUCCCCCCUCACCUGCUCGUGCUCCCCUCACCUGCUCGUGCUCCCCUCACCUGCUCGUGCUCCCCUCACCUGCUCGUGCUCCCCUCACCUGCUCGUGCUCCCCUCACCUGCUCGUGCUCCCCUCACCUGCUCGUGCUCCCCUCACCUGCUCGUGCUCCCCUCACCUGCUCGUGCUCCCCUCACCUGCUCGUGCUCCCCUCACCUGCUCGUGCUCCCCUCACCUGCUCGUGCUCCCCUCACCUGCUCGUGCUCCCCUCACCUGCUCGUGCUCCCCUCACCUGCUCGUGCUCCCCUCACCUGCUCGUGCUCCCCUCACCUGCUCGUGCUCCCCUCACCUGCUCGUGCUCCCCUCAACUGCUCGUGCUCCCCUCACCUGCUCGUGCUCCCCUCACCUGCUCGUGCUCCCCUCACCUGCUCGUGCUCCCCUCACCUGCUCGUGCUCCCCUCACCUGCUCGUGCUCCCCUCACCUGCUCGUGCUCCCCUCACCUGCUCGUGCUCCCCUCACCUGCUCGAGUGGGGAACGUGGUGAAGAAGGCGGGCGGGGUUGGCGGGGAGGGUUGGGAGAACGCAUGA